AUGCCCCGCUGCCUCCUGCAAGGCUGCUCAGCCUCGACUGCUGACGGAACCGCGGCCAACCCCGCGUGCAACUCAGGGGAAGACCCUAAAAGCGUGUGGUGGUUGGGAGACCUGCUCGCUCCCCGGCCGGAGCAAUGUCCCAUCAUUGACAGCCAGGGCUUGGGGCUGGGGGCCGAGGGGGACCUGCAGGCCAGGCAGCACCUGGAGGAGCACUCGCUGGAGCAGGUGCAGAGCAUGGUGGUGGGCGAAGUGCUGAAGGACAUCGAGACGGCCUGCAAGCUCCUCACCAUCGCCGCAGACCCCGCUGACUGGAGCCCCGGCAACGUGCAGAAGUGGAAAAAAAAAGCCGACCCCCAUUCCCGGCUGCCGCAGAUCGGGAAGUCUUUCCAGGAGCUGUCGGGAAAGGACCUGUGUGCCAUGUCCGAGGAGCAGUUCUGCCAGCGCUCGCCCGCCUGCGGAGACAUCCUGCACGCCCACCUCGAUGUCUGGAAGUCUGCCGCCUGGAUGAAGGAAAAAGCCGCCCCGGGAGACGUGAGAUACUGCGCAGACGUGGGGCAUUGGCUCGAGAGCUUCCACCCACUCCAGGGACGUGGGCAGCCCAGACGCGAGGAGGAGGAGGAGGAAGCUGAGGAGAUGCCACCAACCUCCAUGGCACGGCUGGUGCCACCCCACCACGGCAUCUCCAUCUGCCACCAGACCUGCCCAUGA